CCGCCGCCGAGGGCCAACGGACAGGAGAAUGACCACGUGAAAAGCAAUGGAGACUUAACCCCCAAGGGUGAAGGGGAGUCACCACCCGUGAACGGAACAGAUGAGGCAGCUGGGGCUACUGGCGAUGCCAUGGAGCCAGCGCCCGCUAGCCAGGAAGCUGAGGCCAAGGGGGAGGUCGCCCCCAAGGAGACCCCCAAGAAGAAGAAGAAAUUCUCUUUCAAGAAGCCUUUCAAAUUGAGUGGCCUGUCCUUCAAGAGAAAUCGCAAGGAGGGUGGGGGCAAUUCCUCAGCCUCCUCACCAACAGAGGAAGAGCAUGAGCAGGGGGAGAUCAGCGCCUGCAGCGACUAGGGCACUGCCCAAGAAGGGAAGGUCGCUGCCACCCCUGAAAGCCAAGAGCCCCAGGCCAAGGGGGCAGAGGCUAGUGCUGCCUCCAAGGGAGGAGACACGGAAGAGGAGGCAGGGCCCCAGGCUGCAGAGCCAUCCACUCCCUCGGGGCCCGAGAGUGGCCCUGCAUCGGCCAGCGCUGAGCAGAAUGAGUAGCUGGGUGGGGGCAGGUGGGUGAUCUCUAAGCUGCAAAAACUGUGCUGUCCUUGUGAGGUCACUGCCUGGACCUGGUGCCCUGGCUGCCUUCCUGUGCCCAGAAAGGAAGGGGCUUGUUGCCCCCUCCCAGCCACGAUCCCUCUCUCCCUCCUGUGGAUUCUCCCAUCAGCCAUCUGGUCUUACUCUUAAGGCCAGUUGAAGAUGGUCCCUUAUGGUUUCCCAAGUUAGGUUAGUGAUGUGAAAUGCUCCUGUCCCUACCUCCUACCCAGGCCCCACCCCUGCAGAAGGCAAUUGCUGGCUUUCCUCCCAAUUCUUUUCCAAGUACGUUUUGUUUAUUCUACUCCCGAAACCCCUGAGCCAGAAGUGGGGGGCUUAUACUCCCAAACCCUGAGUGUCCAGCCUUUCCCCUGUUGAGUUUUUAGUCUCUUGUGCUGUGCCUAGUGGCACCUGGACUGGGGAGGACAUUGCCCCUGUCUGAGUUUUAUAAACGUCUUACUCAAGUUCAAACCUCCAGCUUGUGAAUCAACCGAAUCUCUCUGACUUGACAAGCAAGUGUUAGGCUUCAGGGCGGGAGGGAGGUCUGUAAUGUGAAACAACUUUUUGUUGUCUUUUUUUUCUCCCAUCGUUGUAAAUAACUUUUAAUGGCCAAACCCAAGAUUUGUAUU